UUUGAUCAAGGAAAACGUAGUUGUCGCAGGCGUCUGGCUGGUCAUAAUGAGCGCCGUAGGAAGCCUCCACCCGGGUCAUUAUUAUCCACUCGUUAUGGCCGCUUCUCUUCAUCGAUCUUUGAAAACAGCAGCAGGGUUGGAAGUUUUCUAAUGGACUUCAGUGCAUACCCGAAGCUAACCGGAAGAGAUGUAUGGUCGGCUAUGAAAUCAUCUGAACGGGUACCCGGAAACCAAACAAUCACUGCCAUGGGAAAAUAUACCCCUCAUCCAUGGCAGAGCAGCUCUGAGAACAAUCCAUCUGAACUUUUCGUGCCAGGUUCUGCAGUUGGGACCAGUUUUUCUGGUCCUGGGAAUCCUUCUGGAGAAUGCAUCAAUGGAGUCACUGACUCAACCUGUGCUCUCUCUCUUCUGUCAAACCAAACAUGGGGCUCCAGAAACCGAACAUCAUCGGCUCUUGAGGUAAAUGCCUUGUUGAAUGUUGAAGGUGCGCUCGUGGCUCAAACUACAGCAACUCAUGCUGCUGCCAACCACUUCCCGACCGCACCGUGGGGUUUCAAGGGGAAUGAAGCUGCUGCUAGCAGCAGCUCCCAGGACCACCUGACAUCUGAUCUGGGUCUGAAUCAAGUUUCACAGGCGCUUACCAGUUUCUCUGGUGAUGUCCAGUUUCCUCAUCAUCAAGGUAGGAGGUCGUACAUGGAACUCGGGCAUUCGAGCGCCUUCAACUCCACCCAGCAUCUGCACUGGUCACUUUGAAGUGGUGCAGUUCCUCCACUCUUCUGAUGGAAUCAGUCCUCUUUUAGGCUUUGAAUAAUUGGCUCGAGACAUCAGAGUCAUCGCCUACGCCAUUCCCAGACCGUUGGGUUUAUUCGUAAACUAUUGUUCCUUUCUGUUUUAAGACAAACACCUGCAAGGCUUGAAACCUGAACUUUGCCUUUUGAAAUUUGACUCUGGAACUACCUGAUGCUUUUGUGUUUA